AUGGGUCUGUUGACCUCCCUGCCGAAGCUACCCCUCGUAGGGUCGAUCCUCAUAGUCCUCUGCUCGCUCUUCACCCCAGCGACCGCCUACACCGAGCUCGGCGACGAAGCCCUGCGCGCGAUCCCCUCGGGCGGCGACGGCUUCGACAUCAACACGGGCUCGCUGCUAGCGCCCAUCCUGAUCCCCCGCGUCCCCGGCACCCCGGGCUCCGCCAAGGUGCAACAGCACUUUGUCGACUUCUUCCGCGCCAACCUGCCCGAGUGGAUCAUUGAGUGGCACAAUUCCACCUCCAAGACGCCCGCGACCGGCGACAAGGACAUACCCUUCACGAACCUCAUCUUCCGCCGCGACCCGCCGUGGGCCAAGGGAGGAGACGUCGAGUACCUGACGCUCGUUGCGCACUAUGACAGCCUGAACCACCCGGAAGGGUUCAUCGGGGCGAUUGACAGUGCUGCUCCGUGUGCGAUGCUGCUGCACGCGGCGAGGAGCAUCGAGGAUGCGCUGGUGAAGAAGUGGAAGGCCAUGGAGGCGUCUGGCGACGGCGGCAACGGGCUCGACGAGGAGAAGGGUGUCCAGAUUAUCCUGCUUGAUGGCGAGGAGGCGUGGGUGUCGUGGACCGAGACGGAUUCGCUCUAUGGAGCUAGGGCCCUGGCCAAGAGCUGGGAGGAUACCGUUCACCCGGAUGCUUUGUAUAAGUCGCCUCUCUCUUCUAUCAGCCUCUUCCUCCUCAUCGACCUCCUCGGCGCCCCUAACCCGCGGAUACCGUCGUAUUUUCCGUCGACUCACUGGGCAUACAAGAAAAUGGCAAAGAUCGAGCAUCGCAUGCGUGAACUUGGCGUUCUCGAGACUAAGCCGAAGCACCCCUUCCUGACGGACAGGAAGAAGGCCAAGGUGGGCUUUAGCGGAGGGUAUGUCUUGGACGACCAUGUGCCCUUCAUGGAGCGCGGUGUCGAGAUCUUACACAUCAUCCCGACGCCUUUCCCCGAUGUAUGGCAUAAGAUCGAGGACGACGCCGAGCACCUUGACCUGCCUACUGUGAGGGACUGGGCGCGCAUCCUGACUGUAUUUACGGCGGAAUGGAUGGAGCUGGACGAGCAUCUGCCCAGAAGAGCAGAGAGCGAGGCCGCCGAUGGACCGAGUGAUUUUAGGGACGAACUAUAG